GCAGAAGCGAGACAGAGCCCGCUGCAUCAGCCACCAGCCCGAGGAAUAACAUUAGUUCCAGCCUCACAAUGAGCUGUUUACUGGCCUUGGCUGCCUGUGGGAACAGCCAAGAAGAGCAGAGGAAAAGGACAGACAAACACAAUGCGAGCGGGACGCGCUAGAUGGGAGGCUGGGCUUUAAACUCGCCCUCAGGAUUUCAACCCUAUGGAACUGGAGAGGGCUGAAAGAGAAAUAAAAGGGCACUGGCUGCUCCGCAGCGCAAACAGGCCGAGACAAAUCAGCCAUCUGCUGCACUGCCGCUGCCUGGAGAUCCCCGGUCCCGGCUGGAGGGCUGAUACUGAAGAGACCCCCAAGAGCUCCCGCUGCCCACAGACCCCGCGCAGACAUCGGGCCCGUUCUCGCCAAGACGCGAUGGCCGCAGCCUCGAGCAGUUCUGUUUCCUCUCCGAACAAAGGGAGGCAGAGGGCUGCCGGGCGCUUCGGAUUUUAAUGAUGAACGGCGAAGUUUUAGCAGCGAGAGCGCGCAGCCCUCCCGCGUGGGAAUAGCCGGGCGCUGACUGCAGCGCGCAGAAAGGAUCCAUGGGGGAACGGCGGCGAGGAACGGGUCCGAACCCGGACAUGAAGGCGGGGCACAAAUCCUCACACUACAGCAAUGCACAACUUGCCUCCUGCCCUAUUAAUCUCCAUGGAUGUAGACCUACAAGGAAGCCAGCUGUUCUUGCACUGAGGUUGAGCUUGCAAAAGCUAAAAUGGGCAUCUGUGCUGCGGCGCUGGCAGCUGGAAGAGCCACGUAGAUGCUAAUGCACGCAAAGGGAAAAGAAGAGCCUACAGUUUUUGGAUAAACAGAGGUGAAAGUUCAACAGUGCUUUGAGCAAAGGGACUGCAGAGGAAGCAGCACAGAGCAAGACAGUGGGCAUGGCAUGGGGGAACGGAGGGCUUCAUGCUGCAGGGCCAAGGAGGGCAGCAGGGAGCCGGCAGCCACCACAGAAGCACUGCAAAUGGUGUCCAAGGGCAAAGAAAGGAAGCUGUGGGGCUGGAUGCUGACUGGAAGGCAUUCUGGAAGCGUAAGCAAAUAAACUGAGUCCAUCAUUAGAUUCCCGAGCGGUUCAUGGAAACAGAACUCUUCUUUUUUCUCCUUAACCGUGCUUUGUAAAUAAACAGGGCUACAUCAAAGGCACAGCCACCUCCAGCACCACCUUCUGCUCCUGAGUGAAAACAACCUGUGAAUCUCCAAGCAUCGGCCCAGAGGGCAAUGCAGCUUCUCAUCAAGGUUUUCCUUGUAUCUAAGCCUCGUUACCACGCUCUCCAUUGCGCCUAGCAAUGCUAUUAAAGCAUGAGCCUCUUGCUAAGGGGAGAUCAAGAGUCCAAAGAGCAGCAUUCCUACAGUCCUCCAUCAGCCUGAGAUUUCCUUGCAAGCAAAACUGUUCCUCUUACAAGAGUAAAAUAAUGCAGACUUUGCUGAGAGGUGUGGGGUGAAUCCCACCGUUUCUGGGCUGUGGGCCAGGCCCUUGGAAGGCCACGGCACUGCAAGGGUUAAAGGGGCGAUGUAAAUGAAGACAGACAUUCUCAGUGAAAACAAAAAGAGAGUCAUGCCCCGAGGAUCAGCGUCUGGAUAUGGGGUAAGGCAGUUCACCAUGCACUGCACAAGGAAACAUUUUAAUUAGCUCAACACAAAACAGAUACAGCACAGAGAAGUGACCACGAGCAGGAAAUGCUUUGUAGGUCUCAAAGGACAGUGAGGAGACAACGGUGGUGCUGAGCAAUUAAAAGAAGUGAAAAAAGAGGGGAAAAGGAGAGUGCUGUGAGGAUGAGGUCUGACAGGCUCAGGUUUCCACCUCCCAGCUCCACCUUUGGAAGGAGUGAAACUGGGGUCCUCCUGGGGAAUGGGGAGGGCUGGGGCUGCCUGCUGGUGGCAGGAGGGGACCGGAGCACUACCAGCUGCUCCCAGGGGUGGAGGAUCAGUGGGAAACACCGUGCUGGCACUACAGACCUCCGCCUGUCUUCUGCUGAAGAGGAGUGGGAAAGCAGAUGGAGAAAGCCAAUGGGUCCCAGCAUGGGAGGUGUCACUGCGCCAAAAGCAAGUGCUGGGAAACGGGGGUAACACUACCGUUGAAGACCCUGGCACAGUGAGCAUCAGAGCCACGAAUAAGAGCCUUACUGCCCAUCUUCUGGGCUAACCAAACAUUGUCCCCUUUUCACCCAGCACAAUGGAGGCAUUUGCUCUUCUAGAUUAACCUAAGGAAAAAUGGCCCUUGGAGGCUACAGAAGCCUAUGCCGACCUACAGUUCACACUUCUUUCCUACCGUUACCAGAUACAUCCCUUCAGAUUAGUCACUGAAAGAAGUGAAAGCACUUCUGCCUUCCUCACUUCACGCAGGCAGCUGCUGCCUCCCACUGCCAAACCCCACCCUUCCUCCUGCUCCCACCACAGCAUGGGGUACGUUGAACUGCCAGAGAUGCUGGGGAGGAUGGAGAGUUCAUAGCAGCCCUGCAGACAUCUCAGCUCAGAAACCAGACCAGAACGUGGUGUCCCAUCACAAAGCAGAUGGUGCUGCAGUGGGCUCUGCCAAUGGCACCUGUCACAUCACAGCGUGCCGUGAGCCCACACCGAUGGGCACCAGAAGAUGAAGCCUCACAAAGCCAGCAACCAGAUUCCCCAAAAACUCCUUUCUGUUAAUGCUCACAAAGUUCUCCUCGCAAGCAAAACUAACCAGCAAAGCUUCUGCUGAGAGGAGGCAGUAUUGGUAAGCUGGGAUCCUGCUGUGGUUACAGGUAUUGCAGGCAGCAAAGCAGCUUGAGCUCAGUGCAAGACUUCACUACUGCUUUACUUGCUUUGAAUUCACUUGUUGUAGCUUUCAAAUGAAUAUAUUAGCCUUUAGAGCUAACCAUUUUGGUGGCACGAUUGCCCAGUGGUGCUGCUAUAGAAUUAUUACAAAUGAUGGCUUCUGCAGCUAGAAAACAGCUGUUUCUAUUCAUGUAUCUCACGCUUGAACAGUUGUGGUGUAUCUCUACAGUACCUAUAACUGGUCUGGAAUAAGUCCUACGGCCUUAUGGCUGGGUGGACGUUAGGACUGGAUGGUGCUGGAGGUCACCAACCUCAGUGAUUACGCAGAAUUAUCCAAACCACCCUACUCAGUUGUUGUAUCGCUCAGAUAACAGGGAUAUAAAUUCUCUGAUGAAUGUGGUUCUUGUCAAGGGAAGGCAUAAAGCACGUUCUGUGGCCAAGGCAAACGCUUAUUGAUUUCCAAGGUGAGAGUCUGAGAUGGCAUCAAAACGCAACAAGUGUUGCCAUAACCUGGAGGGAUUUCUAGACAAAACAGAAAGGUCCUUCGGGUUUGAAACGUUGCCACUUACAGAGAUGAAACGGCCCUACAGUGCUCAGCUAUGGAUAUGAGCACACGCAGGGUGCCCAAUAUCCUGCACAGAUCAGUGCUACCUCUGACAUCGCCUAUCAAAAACACGGAGGAGGAAACGCGAAGACACAAGAAGUCAGUCCCAAAUUUCACACCACCAUUUUGCUGACCUCUGUUUGGCAGAAGCACAGAGAAUGAGAUGAGUGUGAGAGGAGAAGGAACGGCCUCAAUGGAACCAUGAAUAGGGUUUUACAAAGUGCUUGUUUACCUGAAGCUAUUUUCUGUACAAAAUAGCAAACCAACCCAAAAGAACAAAAGCAAUGGUUGCUCAGAAUCCCACUGAUGCUUUGAAGAUGUCUUGGGGUGCAAGGAGAGGAAACCAAAGAACCCCAAACAGAAUAGCUGUGUGCCAAGGGAAGGAAGGCACAGAAGGUCUCCUUUGUUUUUAGUAUGUGAAAGACAGGGACUCUGCAGCAGAAGGCACAUGUGAGCAAACACUGAGCCCCACCUUGUAUGAGAAUAAGGGGGUUACGUGAGGGACAGCUGCUAUGGGUUUGCUAUAUCAUCCCCUCUGCAAGAGGAAAUAUUGGUAACAUCCUCACAUGAGCCAGGCUGUGCAUUCUGUUACAGUGCCUCUCCUGACAGCUCGUCACAUCCCUCCUCUCACCCACAGAGCCCAUUUUAGACACAGGAGUUAAAGCUUUGAGCUGCCCGAAUGACACCACUGGAAGAGCCUUCCUACUCAACUCAGCAUUUAACACCACCAGUUCUCCCAGCAAAGCACACAAAGAGCUUCCUGUUGCUUUAACCCUUGGUGAAAAGGAAGAAGAGCAUCUUACAUCCAGAAAUCCAAACCUGCGGACUGAUGCUGCAGAAUUUAAAGCACAUGGCUCAGUCUGAAAGCAGCUUGUCAGCUUGUUUAAACCCCGCAGGGUUAGGUAGGUAAACAACACACGUUUAUAUUUCCAAGAUCAUAACCUGGCUGGACAAUUGCUGGCAGGCAGUUCUCACACAGCAGAAAAGCUGUAUUUGUCCCUGUGGCUGUCUGAUGCAGAGCAAGGAAAAAUAACCAGCUGAUGGAGCUCCUUUUCUCCUGUGCUCCGAGCAUCUGGGUCAGGCUGCUGGCAGGGACCACAUAUGCCAGCAGUGAAGGAUGAAAGGAUGCACCGUGAGGACAUGGUAGCAAGGGUUCAAGCGACCUUCCUGGAAUGCGUUUCAUCAGGAAGAAAGGAGAUGACCGCCUUGUUUUAUGGAUGGCACUGAAGUAGACUUUGACAUCCUUCGGAAGCACACCACAGACUUGGCAUGGGAAACCACAGCAACAACCAUACCUGUUUGACAGAUGAUUCCUUUAAGUACAACCUGUAUGGAGCCGUGUACAGCGUGGUCUUCAUCCUGGGUUUGAUCACCAACUGCGCUUCUCUCUUUGUUUUCUGCUGCCGGAUGAAGAUGCGGAGCGAAACGGCCAUCUUCAUGACAAACCUGGCAGUUUCAGAUCUGCUGUUUGUGUUCACUUUGCCUUUUAAGAUUUUUUAUAACUUCAACAGGCAUUGGCCUUUUGGAGAUAGCCUGUGCAAGAUUUCUGGGACAGCGUUUCUCACCAAUAUCUAUGGGAGCAUGCUGUUCCUCACCUGCAUCAGCGUUGACCGUUUCCUUGCAAUAGUCUAUCCGUUCCGGUCUCGUACCAUUAGGACCAGAAGAAAUUCAGCCAUAGUCUGUGCUGGAGUUUGGAUACUGGUCCUCAGCGGCGGAAUCUCAGCCUCGUUGUUCUCCACAACCAAUGUUUCCAACACCAGCACCACCUGUUUCGAAGGCUUUUCCAAACGUAUCUGGAAAACCUAUUUGUCUAAGAUCACUAUAUUUAUUGAGGUGGUGGGGUUCAUCAUUCCUUUGCUACUCAACCUCACAUGCUCUUCCUUAGUUCUCAGGACUCUCCGGAAGCCUGCCACCUUGUCUCAGAUCGGGACAAACAAAGAGAAAGUAUUGAAGAUGAUCAUUGUGCACGUGGCCAUUUUUGUUGUGUGCUUCGUGCCUUAUAACUCCAUACUCUUCUUGUAUGCUCUCGUGCGGUCCCAGGCGAUAGCAAAUUGCUCCUUGGAGAGGUUUGCACGGACAAUGUACCCAAUCACGUUGUGCAUUGCAACCAUGAACUGCUGCUUUGACCCAUUCAUCUAUUACUUCACGUCAGAAUCCUUCCAGAAGUCUUUCAACAUAAAGACCCAGAUAAAAAUGGACUCUCUUUUCAAGACUGAGACCCCUCUGACAAAGACUGCUCUACCAGCACAGCAGGAUGAAAUAAGUGAUCAGGCCAUUACAAACGGGGGAGAUCCAACAUCUGAAUCGCAUUUCUAGUGCCAUGUUGACACAUGCCUUAUCCCCCAUUACCUUUUGAUUAACACCAGGUGUGAAACAGUUCUUUGAGAGCACGUGGGUUCUCGCAUACUGCUAAUGAAUAAAAGCCACUGGGGAAUAACUGCACAGGUAGAUAAGUUCCUGUAGUGGGAAGGUCCCACCAGAUGCGAUAGCUAAACACAGAGUAGAGAAAUCCUGAUGGCAGAGAACGGCUGAGUGACCCCGUACAUAUCAGAAAAGGAGGGAACAGAACAGAUUCCUUAAUUAGAAUAUACAGAACGUGCCAGCAUUUGGCACUACUUCUCCCCGGUGGUUGACAUGGGACCAGCUGGGAAAUACAAGGUUUAACUUUUCUUAGAGAUAUCUGUCAGUAUUUCAUGCCUUCUGGAAACGCAUCAUCGUAUGUUAACUCAGUAACUUCACACGAUAUGUAUGUUUGCUUAAAAAGGUGUAAUAAAAGCUUUGGGCUUUUCCUUAUUUCA